AUGACGAAUCCGGAACUUCGCGCGCAGGUCAUACAUAUAUACAAGGAGCUGCUCUUCCUUGGUCGCAAUUAUCCCCUAGGCUACGAAUAUUAUCGGAACAGGUUACAUAAAGCGUUUUCCAGCCAAGCGCAUCUGGAUAAUGAGGAACAGAUCCGAAAAGGUAUUGCUAGGGCGGAAUUUGUCAAGAAGGAAAUCGAAGCAUUGUGA